AUGAAUAGAAAUGGACUUGAAAAAAUUUGUAAUUAAGCUACAAAUUUUUGGAAAUAAUAAUUCAUUCCAUCACCUAAAUAAGAUUAAGAUGUUUCAACUAAUGUUGGAUCUAAUAUCUUAGAAGAAUAAUCUAUUUUUGAGAUAUCUGCCAAAAAAACCGAAUAAUAUCUCUUUCCUGAUAUUGAAAGAUAUCACUUUAAUAUUGAAAAAUGUGAAUAACAAUUUCCAUAAGAUUUAUUAUAACAACCUCAAUAAUUCGAAUUGGAAGAUAAUUAUGAAGCAGAAGCUAGUUGUUCAUAAUGUUCAGAUUGUUAAAGCAAAAGAAAAGACAAAAAAAAAUUAAAACCAAGAUCUUGCAAAUCAAGUAAUUAUAUUAACUAUAUAAUAGCAAAAUAAAGAUUUACAAUAUCUGAAGAGGCAUUCAUUAUGGAAUAAACUAGAAAAGGAACUAGCUUUACAGAUAUUGCAUAAUAAAUACCAGGCUCAACUGUCAAUUAAGUCAAACAUCAUCUUCUAAAAAAACUAAAAAUUUGUAGUAAAAACACUGAUCUUUAAGGAGAUAAUAUUGCUGAAAUUAUCUUAAAAAUAUAAUAAUUAUAACAGUAAUCAGUAUUAAUAUUUUAGAAAUGAGAAUAUAGAUAAUGCUGUUAAAAUUUAAGAACUCAGAUAACAUAUAUCAUUUAUAGAAAAUCAUUUGCAUCACACUAAGUAAAUGAUUCUAUAAAAAUAUAUGAUGUUAUUUCAAUAAUAAUGA